UGUGCACCCGCGUGUUUUGCAGGACUGUGGAGCAGAUUGUGCCAAGUUCCAGAAGAGUGAACUGGAGCACAAGUUCAACAAGAAAGCCUUAGAAAGGCCCUACCUGUCUAAACACUCCUGGGGAAAGACCUACGGGGAGCACAAGCGCCACCUGGAGUUUAGCCACGACCAGUACAGAGAGCUACAGAAAUACGCAGAGGAGGUUGGCAUUUUCUUCACAGCGUCUGGCAUGGAUGAGAUGGCUGUUGAAUUUUUACAUGAACUGGAUGUUCCAUUUUUCAAAGUAGGAUCAGGAGAUACAAACAAUUUUCCCUAUUUGGAGAAGACUGCAAAGAAAGGUCGCCCGAUGGUGAUUUCCAGCGGGAUGCAGUCAAUGGACACAAUGCACCAGGUUUAUCAGAUUGUGAAGCCCCUCAAUCCAAACUUCUGCUUCCUGCAGUGCACCAGUGCAUACCCGCUUCAGCCAGAGGAUGUCAAUCUCCGCGUUAUAUCGGCCUAUCAGUCAGCUUUUCCUGAUAUCCCGAUUGGCUACUCGGGGCAUGAAACUGGCAUCGCCAUUUCAGUGGCAGCGGUUGCAUUGGGAGCUAAAGUGGUGGAACGCCACGUGACUCUGGACAAAACAUGGAAAGGAAGUGACCACCAGGCAUCCCUGGAGCCAAAUGAACUGGCAGAGCUGGUGAAAGCCAUCCGUACUGUGGAAAAAGCAAUGGGAUCUCCAGUCAAACAGCUACUGCCCUGUGAAAUGGCUUGCAAUGAAAAGCUGGGAAAAUCUGUUGUGGCGAAAGUAGCAAUUCCUGAAGGUGCAGUACUGACACUUGACAUGCUGACAGUGAAGGUGGGAGAGCCCAAGGGAUUUCCCCCAGAAGCAAUCUUUGAUCUGGUGGGCCAGAAGGUGAAAACAAAUAUUGAAGAAGAUGAAACCAUCACUGAGCAAGCAGUGGAAAAUCACGUCAAAAAAGUAAAGUGCUAAAUCAGAGCACUCUAUUCUGUAUUUCAUCAUAUAUAUUUAAGUAAGUAUAGCAGCAUGGUAGAUUAGAAGGAAAGGGUGCAAUUAUGAGGAUCCAAGCAGGUUAGAAUUUUCAGGUUCUCAUUAGCAGAAGUUUCUGAAGCAAGUGGAGAUAAAUUAUGAAG